GUUGCUACGAAGCAGGCAGUGGCAGGCUUGGCCCAGGCCAAGCCUAUAUUAAUCCGUGCUCUUGUCUGAGGGCCAGAGCGAGGCCAGUGAGCUGGGAAGUCACUGUGGCAUCAGAGCCAAGAGAUCAGAGUCAUGGCCUCAAGAGUGAAUGAUCAAAGCCGGGCUUCAAGCAAUGGACUGAAGGGGAAGGUGUUAACCCUGGACACCAUGAACCCAUGUGUGCGGAGGGUGGAGUAUGCAGUUCGAGGACCCAUAGUACAGCGUGCCUUGGAGCUGGAACAGGAGCUGCGUCAGGGUGUGAAGAAGCCCUUUACAGAAGUCAUCCGUGCCAAUAUUGGGGAUGCACAGGCCAUGGGACAGAGACCCAUUACCUUCUUCCGCCAGGUCCUGGCUCUCUGUGUCUACCCCAGUCUUCUGAGCAGUCCUGACUUCCCAGAAGAUGUCAAGAGAAGGGCAAAACGCAUCUUGCAGGCAUGCGGGGGCCAGAGCCUGGGCGCCUAUACCAUUAGUUCUGGCAUCCAGCUGAUCAGGGAAGAUGUGGCGCAGUACAUUCAGAGGAGAGAUGGAGGCAUCCCUGCAGAUCCGAACAACAUAUUUCUGUCCACUGGGGCCAGCGAUGCCAUUGUGACAAUGCUCAAGCUGCUGGUGGCUGGCGAAGGCCGUGCACGCACGGGUGUACUCAUUCCCAUUCCUCAGUACCCAUUGUACUCAGCUGCGCUGGCUGAGCUGGACGCAGUGCAGGUGGACUACUACCUGGACGAAGAGCGUGCCUGGGCUCUAGACAUCGCGGAGCUGCAGCGUGCUCUGUGCCAGGCACGUGAUCAUUGCUGCCCUCGAGUGCUGUGCGUCAUCAACCCUGGCAAUCCCACUGGGCAGGUGCAGACCCGUGAGUGCAUCGAGGCCGUGAUCCGCUUUGCUUUUGAAGAGGGACUUUUUCUGAUGGCUGAUGAGGUAUACCAAGACAAUGUGUAUGCCGAGGGUUCUCAGUUCCAUUCGUUCAAGAAGGUGCUCAUGGAAAUGGGGCCACCAUAUGCGUUGCAGCAGGAGCUUGCUUCUUUCCACUCUGUCUCCAAGGGCUACAUGGGCGAGUGUGGGUUCCGUGGUGGCUAUGUGGAGGUGGUAAACAUGGAUGCUGAGGUGCAGAAACAGAUGGGAAAGCUGAUGAGUGUGCGGCUGUGCCCACCAGUGCCGGGCCAGGCCCUUCUGGACAUGGUGGUCAGUCCGCCGGUACCCUCUGAGCCAUCCUUCAAGCAAUUUCAAGCAGAGAGGCAGGAGGUGCUGGCUGAGCUGGCAGCCAAGGCUAAACUCACGGAGCAGAUCUUCAAUGAGGCUCCUGGUAUCCACUGCAACCCAGUGCAGGGUGCCAUGUAUUCCUUCCCUCGAGUGCAGCUGCCCCCUCGAGCAGUGCGGCGUGCUCAGGAACUGGGCCUGGCCCCUGACAUGUUCUUCUGCCUGUGCCUCCUGGAGGAGACUGGCAUCUGCGUGGUACCUGGGAGUGGCUUUGGGCAGCAGGAGGGCACUUACCACUUCCGGAUGACUAUUCUGCCCCCCAUGGAGAAGCUGAGGCUGCUGCUGGAAAAACUGAGGCAUUUCCAUGCUAAAUUCACCAAUGAGUACUCCUGAAGUCACUGUCAGGACUACAUGGGCAGCCUCUAACUGAAUAAACUACAGGGCCUUGGGAGCCUUCAGU